AUGUACUGCCUUCCUGAACCUACGAUCAAGGACGUACGCCCUAUCGUCUCACCGCUCGACACGGAAAAUGUACUUCUCGACGUCCAGCGGACACCAUACGAAUUCAGGCCGCGUGUACGCCUGGACCAACGUGCGCGCGUGUUGCGCCUUCUGAAUUCAGCCAAGCCUACAGACAAGCGUGUUAUUUCCCGUAUAGGUCGUCUUCUGACGGGUGACGAGGACGGUUACAUCCACGAUUGGUAUGACAAGGUCCGAAACGUCAAGACGCUCUACAUCUGGCACAACAAAAUCAUACACCCUCGGGCUGACGCCCACGUGAACGCGCGUUACAGUGCAUACAUACACCUUGCCGGAGUUCGCCAACGACGGGCUGGUCCAGCACUAGCCUAUGCUGUAUUGACCAUCGUCACAGACGGUCUCGUCUUCCGUGGCUGGCAACAUCGUCCACGAGUGGUCGAUAUCGCAUAUUCUAUCGAGAAGGACGAGACCGUCGCAGUUGUGCUGUUUGACGAACUUGGCGUCCUUGCUUUGAACGUCGCGCGUGAAGCAGAGGAUGUUCGCGUUGCUAACACUGGUCAUCUAAUCGUCGCAAGACCGGACCCUCGAACGGUGCAUGCCCUCGCGCCUGAUAGUUUGAUCAAGAUUUUCGAGGUUGUUCAAUGGCUUGUGAAUCCGAUGGCGUACGAAGCGCGUAACGGACGCCCCGCUGGUAUCCUCCCUCGGUUGCUCGGAGCACCGCAAGUCGGGACUCGCUAUGGCAGCUGCAUCCUAAACCAGGACUUGCCAGAGGACGCAGCCUCUUACGAAAGUUAA